AUGCAGUGGCUGGUCACCGGCUGUUCCACGGGCCUCGGCCUCGAUCUCGCGCGUGCAAUUCUGCAAGCCGGCCACAGCUGCAUCGCCACCUCACGCAGCAAGAGUACCAACCCGUCUGCCGUGCUGGAGAUCGAAUCCCUGGGCGGGGUGUGGGCGGAACUCGACGUGACGGCGCCCGAUGCAGAGAGUGUUGUCUUGUCUCUUGUACGAGAACACGGAGGGGUGGACGUCCUAGUAAACAAUGCUGGCUAUGCACUCGGUGGUGUUGUCGAGACAUUCAAUAUCGAUUCAGGACGCGCACUUAUGGAAACCAACUUCUUUGGCCCUGCACGGCUUAUCCAGAGCCUCCUUCCCUCCAUGACGAGCCGUGGAACAGGCGUGAUUGUCAACAUCUCCAGUGCGGAGUUCUGGCAUCCCCAUCCCGGGACGGCGUUUUACGCUGCCACAAAGUUUGCAAUAGAGGGCUUUUCCGAAGCCCUAGCUGCAGAGGUUCUUCCCCUCGGUAUCCGCGUGCUGAUCGUCGAACCUGGCGCGAUGCGCACACACUUCAUCCACCCACAUAAAGUCGGGCUGUCUCCUCUCCCCGCCGCGUACGUGGGUACUCCUGCCGAUACGGUGCUGAAGGUGAUUAUCUCUGCGCAUGGACUGGAAGGAGUGGAUCCAAGACAGGCAGCGCAGGCCGUUGUACGGGAAGUGACUGCUGGACCUAGUCGUGGGAGAGAGUGUUCGCUGCGGAUGCCAUUGGGUGGGGAGUCUGUCACCUUGACCAAGGCACGGGGAGAGGGUUUCUCUCGUUUGGCGGCGGCGGUGGCGGCGGAGGAUGUGAAAUGUGACUUUGCGUAG